AUGGCCACCAGUCAACCAUCCUCCCCGUGUGAGGACCAGAGUUCCCAGUCUGUCUCUCCUGCAGGUGGUGAUGAUGGAUACGCCCUGCAGGUGGUGAUGGUGGAUGAUGAGAUCCCAGGACAAUCAGGCCCGUGGGUAGCACCCAGCCUCCUGCCUCAGGCCUGUGUUCAGAAGAGGAAGAAAGAUUGGUCCUCAGAGUCAGAAGAGGAGCUGCAGGACAAUCUGCUGGGUCUCGCUGAUGGAGUCCCUGGGUUAGCACCCUUACUGCCUCUGUCCCAUUCCCAGAAGAAGCACAAGGUAUCAGAGGCAGAGCAGGAGAGGAAUCAUCAACAGGGUGCUUCUGACUCAUCCCUGAGGGGCAACCCCAGCCUCUUACCUAGGUCUUCUGGCCACCAGUGGAAGAGGGAGUGGUUACUCCAUCCUAAGGAGGACAAGGAGGGGAGAGUACCCAGGUGCUUUGAUUUAGCCCCAAGGGAAGAAAUCAGGCUCCCACCUCGAAAGAGAUGGAGAGAGUAUCUCUCCAUGCUCCAAGAGGCAUCACAGGAAACAUCAGGGCAGUGGAGCCCUGUGCCUUCCACACACAUGGGUGUCGUGGAGAAGCCUCAUGGCCUCAAGAGGAAGAUGAAAAGGAAGCACAUGUCCUCAGUGCUGCCUGAGCACCACGAAGCCUUCACCAGGCUGAUUGAAGAUCCAGUCAUCAUGGGAUUCUUGGCUUGGGACAAGAAUCUGAGGGCCUCUGACAAGAACCUCCUGGCCAUGGUCAUCGCCUACUUCAGCCGGGCCGGCCUCUUCUCCUGGCAGUACCAGAGGGUCCACUUCUUCCUGGCACUCUACUUGGCCAGUGACAUGGAGGAGGACAACCGGUUUCCUAAACUGCACAUGUUCUUCUUCCUCUAUGGAACGAAUUUUGACAAGAUUCCCCGGUUCCACAAGCUGCGCCACCAGUUCAUCCACUGCAUGGACUGGAACCUCAGGGUGACCCGAGAGGAGUGUGAAGAGAUCCAAGCUUACGAUCCUACACUCUGGGUGUGGGGCCGAGAUCGCACCCUCACUCUGGGACCCUGAAGCCCUGAGGAUGUUGGCCUCAAAAAGAUCUCUGGACCUGGGGAAGAUGAGCUAUUUUAGCACAAAGACCAUGCUGACAUUAAUCACAGCCCAGGG